AUGCUUGUAGCUAAACUAGAUUCCCAAAAUCUGAAUAAUGAACUGCAUGGUACCCUUUGGUCAUUAAUACAAAAAAACUCUCCAGUAACGGCUUCAUUGGAAUUGAAAAGACUGCUAUUUGACUCCCUAAUCUUCUACCUUUCAGCGUUGACAACAAAAACCAAUGGUGUUACAACUUACGGUUCUUCGUUAACGGGAGUAAGCUUCCAAACCACAAAAGGUCGUUUGUUUUUCGCAAACUAUCUUCUACCCAGAAUUAUUCAAGAAUUGCAAAGAAGGGCGUUAUCGAAUUCUAAAACUAUAAUACUUUUGGCAACAUUUCUAGACGCACUGGCAGCACUAUGGUCUACCCAAACACUUUUGCAGUUCUUAUCAACAGACAAAGGAUACCUAUCCCUACCACACAAGCUAUUGCGAAUAAAACCAUCCAUGGACACACCAUCGAGUUUCUACACUUCUUCCGUGACAUCAACAAUCAACUUUCAAAGCACACAACUACUUUACAACGCUGCACUACAAUUUUUGGCGACACAACUACUACGAUCAUCCAUUUUGGCCAAAUUUUUAAAAAAAACUCCACGACUAAGGAAAGGUCAAAACAGCGAACAUAUCAUAUGCCCAAAUUGCGAACAUACGCCAACAACACCUUAUACUACAACAUGCUGCUCCGCAAACUACUGCUAUAUCUGCAUAUUAAAAACGAUAAAAACUAAACGAUGUCAAAGGUGUAAUUCAACGAACAUUAAAGGUAGACCAAAGUAUGCAAAUAAGGCAAGAAAAGACUGA